AUGACGGCCUGCUUGUUUCUAAAUCUGCCACUUUCUUCUUCAUCUGCCGCGUUUACUUAUCAUACUAAUAAGAAUUACCCAUCACUAGCUUCACACCUACUUCUCACUCUAACCCCAAACCAGUCCUCUCUUCGAGCCUCUCGGUUCUUACGCCAAAUCAAAGCCUCAUCAGCUUCCAUGGAAGCCCAGCAAAGUGAGACCGGCGUCUCAACCCCACCUAUGAAGCUCUUGUUCGUGGAGAUGGGCGUGGGCUACGACCAACAUGGCCAAGACGUUACCGCUGCAGCAAUGCGGGCUUGCAGAGAUGCCAUCACCUCUAAUUCAAUCCCUGCGUUUCGAAGAGGAUCAAUACCUGGUGUUACGUUUGAGGAGAUGAAACUAGAGAUCAAGCUGGGUGUGCCUCAUUUACUCCAACCAUUACUGGAUGUCGAGAGGGUCAAAUCAGUCUUUCCUUAUGGAAAAAUUGUGAAAGUUGAAGUUGUGGAUGGCGGACUGAUAUGCUCAAGUGGUGUGUGCGUGGAAGAAAUGGGAGAUAAGAAUGACGACUGUUAUAUAGUGAAUGCAGCAGUCUACAUUGGUUACUAG